AUGGAGCAGCACAUUGUGAUUGUUGGCGGCGCGGGAAGCGUUGGCCACUCCAUCGUUGAAGAGCUUGCCAAGUAUGGCAUAUACAAGAUAUCAGUCUGGACAAGAAAAGAGAUAUCCACCGCCGUCAUCCCUAAUGGAGCUCAAGGUGUUCAAGUGACCGAUUACACGGAUCACGAUCAACUGGUCAAACUACUGACUGGCGUCAACACCGUGCUGGCAUUCAUUAACCCAAUGGGCGAUCCCGGGAAUGCGACGCAGAAGGCACUAAUCGAUGCCUGCAUUGCUGCGAAAGUGAGGAGGUUUGCUCCUAGCGAGUGGGCUGGGAAAACGUACACUUCGAUUGAAAUGUAUAAACACAAGGCCGAAGUUUUGGAUUACUUGAAGGAAGUAAACAAGGAGACUACGGUACUGGAGUACGGCUUGUUUCAGCCCGGCUUGCUGAUGGACUACUUGGCCCACCCGUAUCCACCUUCCAAGCACACCAACACGUUUGCUCUCCUCUUUGAUCUUUUAGGUGCUCGUGCUGUCGUCGUUGAGGAUGGUUCUGCCUCAAUGUGCUUCACUGCUGCAGCCGAUGUAGGCAAGGUUGUUGCCCGUGCUAUACAAUCUGACGAGCCUUGGCCGGUGGAGGGUGGGAUAGUAGGCGAGAAAGUGACAAUGUCGGAUCUUGUAAAGAUAGGCGAGAAGGUUACCGGAAAAAGCUUCGAGGUCCAUACCGUCAAGGCUGCUGAUCUUGAAGCCGGCGAGUGGAAAGCAACAUGGCAACCAACGUUCAACGAGGCUUUAUCAGCUGGGGACACCAAGAAGCUUGUAGUCCCGUUCAUCUCAGGCUGGGCGCUUGGUAUAUACAAAGGUUUGAUUGAUCUUGAGCCAGACUGGAACCGCCGUUUCCCAAACAUCAAGUUUACAUCUGUGGAGGAAAUGCUCAACGCCGCCUGGGAGAGAGCAAAAGCGGAUGUGAAAGCUUAG